AUGGUGUCUCUGGGCAGAGCAUGCGUUAUAACGAUCCAGUGCAAGGGAGCAGGCGAAUGUACAGAAGGAGUUUGUAACUGUCCUGCUGGAACGAUUCGAAAGGGCGAUCAUUGUGAGAAAAAACCUCGCAGUGUAAAGCCAGUGCUCCUUUCGGCUUCAUUUCGCCCAACAAUUGAUGGAUCAACAAACCCGAACGAGCCAAACUUGUCCACGACCUUGGACUCAAGUCUCUGCCCGUCACCAAGAUUACCGUAUCGCGCCAAUGACAUUCCCAUGCAGUGUACUUCAGGAAAAGUCUGCCCAAAAGGCUUCACCUGUACAUAUUCGCGAUCGGUGCAGAACUAUUUUUGCUGCUCAAACAUCAAUCAGUCGAAGGACGACAAGUCGAAGAACGUUUGCACCAUCGGAAGUCCACUUCUAUAUCCGGCCACAGGCCAGGCUAUCCAGUGCUCACGAUCUCGAAGAUGUCCCCCUGGUUACACAUGCAAACGCAAUUCAACCAGCGAGGUUUUAUAUUGUUGCACGGGCGAAACCCUGGUCAGGCAGACUAAUCGAGCAGGUAGAGUAUUUUUACUGGCUUCCCAGAGAGGACACCCGUCGGAUCAG